UCGAUAUAUUACCAAAUAAAAGCGAUGAGACGGAAAGACUCUUAUUUUACCAAGUAUAAUGUCACUUUUCCUUGCGUAUCUGUACGUGAUGACGUAAGACGCCCGAAGAACAAAUCGACGCAUGAUCUGAUAGAAAGAGGCGCCGGCGGACAAGAGGACAUGGCUGUGAACGUUUAUUCCACUUCAGUGACUAGCGACAAUCUGAGUCGCCAUGACAUGCUCGCGUGGAUCAACGAGUCUCUACAGAUGAACUUCACCAAGAUCGAGCUUUUAUGUUCAGGUGCAGCCUACUGUCAGUUCAUGGACAUGCUUUUUCCAGGCUGCAUACCGUUGAAGAAAGUAAAAUUUGGUGCAAAGUUAGAGCAUGAAUACAUUCACAAUUUUAAGAUAUUGCAGGCUGCCUUCAAGAGGAUGGGUGUUGACAAAAUUAUCCCGGUUGACAAGUUGGUGAAGGGCAAAUUUCAAGACAAUUUUGAAUUUGUUCAGUGGUUUAAGAAGUUCUUUGAUGCCAAUUAUGAUGGAAAAGACUAUGACCCAGUGGAAGCGCGACAGGGCCAGGACACCAUGCCUGUACCCAACCCAACCAUGCCUGCCCUCAGCAAGCCCAGGAAGAUCAUGAAUGCAGCACCACAGAGAGCAGCGGUUGCAAAGGUGACACCCAAGAUGGCACCUGGCUCUGCGCGGAGACCUGGUGCUGGUGGUGAUGAGGAGAGGGCGGAGCUUAUUCAAGAGUUAAACAUCUUGAAGUCUACCAUCCAGGACAUGGAGAAGGAGCGGGACUUUUACUUUGGCAAACUGAGGAACAUUGAGCUGAUCUGUCAAGAGAAGGAGGGGGAGGGAGACCCCACCCUGCAGAGGAUUGUGGAUAUUCUCUAUGCCACAGACGAGGGGUUUGUUAUACCAGACGCUGAGUUGGAGGACCAGGAGGAGUUCUAAUGCUCGUGAUUUGCUGCAGUUUUACCUUCCUCUCACCUUUCCAUUCCCGUCCUCUCCACACAGUCACUACCCGCCAUCCACACAUCAUAUUACGCAUCUGGACUUCCAAACAAACUCCAUGCGUCUGCUAAAGCAUGCAUAGACACUUCAUGAAGAAAGAACCGUUUUAAUGCCCUCAGACCUCUGGCUGCCACGAUACCCUGUGUUUCUCUCCGAGGAACAGUGCGUUUCCUGUCUGUAAUAUAUGAUCUAACAUUGCUUUCCUCUUUCAGCGACUUCAGACACCUGCAGUUGUAUUUAUCUUAAAUGUCUCUGAAACGUCUUGGACACUUGCUCUGUAGUGAUUGAUAGGUGGCGUCUCCCCCUCACUGCUGUGGUACAUAUCUGUGAUCACGUCUUAGUCCGAACCGUACCUUACUGACACAAAACCCAGGGACGGAAUGACAAAACGUGUGUUAGUUGAUUGCAAAAAGCCUCUCUCUUCCUAGUUUCCACUCAUGGUUUUGGUGCUUGUUCUAGCGUAAGGCAGGUAGCAGUCUCCAGCGCUCCAGUCUAUCCUCAGUGACUGUGCCUUAUACAGACUGUCUGGAGGGAGUAGACCCAGUCUGACGUUUGUCUUUGUGUUAUGGAUGUAGUGAAGUCGACGCACGUGCUAACACUCAGUCGUGCACUUUGGCCUACAGGACGCCGAUGUACUGUGGUGCCACGGUUGCACGAGUUUAACUGUCUUUGUUAUAAUUUUAUUGCUUUUAUUUGAAACCGCUGGAUGAAGUUAGUAGCCACUACGUCGGCCACAAUUUGAGUUGACAAGACAAACACUCUCUUUUGGCAAAUGUUUGUUAUUCAAAGUUUUACAUUUACGUUUUCUUUUGUUUCUUUUAAUUAUUAUUUGUAGACGUAACGGCAGCAGCAGAAUAUUGGUCAUCUCAGACCCAAAUCUUUUAAAUACACAAGAUGAGAACGUGAAAUCUUUCGAGUUAUUUUAAAAUAUUGCACUCUUUCAAGACCAUUCCCCAAAUAACCAUGUCAAGCCGAUGAUACAAAUGCAGAAACACUAAAAAUAUCGACUUAAUGAGCUUUGGAGAUGAAAGCUUUACUUCUCACUCUGAAUUUGAUCUUUCCAGGCAAUGCUCGCUCACUUCAUUUGUCUUUUUUGUUUUUUUUGGGAGAUUCAACAUGAUUCUGACUUUAGAUCACUGUGCCAGCUCUGACUUUCUCCGAUGUGUAGCUUCAUUGUUUUCAUGUGCACCGGUCAUCCUCAAUCGAUCGGCAUUUUACUGUGUGUAAUUCUCAAUGUUGCAUUGUACAUCAAUAGCACAUGCAAAACCGGCAAUCAGAGUUGUUAUUGGUGCUAUCGAAUACCUUGACCCUUAAGAACUUGCCUGUUUGAGCUAGACAAGCCUUUUUGCUGGAUGUUUGGGUUCACUGGAUUAGAAAUAUAUUGCUGCGGUUGGGUUAAUAUAACAGCGCUGGAUCUGAUCUAAAUAGGAGACAAAAGGAAAGUAAGUGACACUUGCAUUGACAAAUAUGCCAUUGUAAUUUCACACAAGCCGAACUGUUAAAUAUUGGCACAAGGUGGAUGCAAGUAAAAAUGUGGACGGAAGUAGUUUGGAAGCAGGUAAUGUCUGUUAAAGGCAGUGAUUGACCCUUCCUUCCUUUCUUUCAAUGCUCUGUGGCCUUUAAGAACAAUCUGUAGCGAAGGUACUCAGUACAUCGUGGGCCACGCACCACGACAAAACUGUCUCUCUCCCUGAUUUUGUACUUGCAGGCUGUUAAGAGAUCCACAUUUUUAACUGAAGUCCAUUUCUUACAAUAAAACAGUAUUUACAUGUCUUUC